GCUGGGGCACGCUGGAACCAUGUGGGUGAACCUUCAGCGCAAACAGGCAGCAAACUUCACGGCGGCCGGACAGCCGCGGCGCGAGGAGGCGGUGACCACCCUGUGCUGGGGCGCGGGCGGCGAGACUCAGAUCCUGGUGGGCUGCGCCGACGGGAUAGUGAGGCACUUCAGCACGGAGGAGGGCAGAUUCCAGGGUCAGAGGCACUGCCCCGGAGGGGAGGGCACGUUUCGAGGCCUCGCCCAGGUCGACGGCACCCUCAUCACGUGUGUGGAGUCUGGCAUUCUCCGAGUCUGGCGUGAUGAUGACAAGGAGGCAUUCUCUGACCCACUCCUGGACCUUAGAGUGGGCCCUGGGGUGUGUAGGAUGCGCCAAGACCCAACGCACCUCCACGUGGUUGCCACGGGUGGGAAGGAGAAUGCUUUGAAGGUGUGGGACCUGCAGGGGUCUGAGGAGCCUGUGUUCAAGGCCAAGAAUGUUCGGAAUGACUGGCUUGACCUGCGGGUUCCCAUCUGGGACCAAGACAUACAGUUCCUCCCCGAGUCUCAGAAGCUUGUCACCUGCACAGGGUACCACCAGGUCAGGGUCUAUGAUCCAGCCUCCCCCCAGCGCCGGCCAGUCUUAGAAGCCACCUAUGGAGAGUACCCACUGACAGCCAUGACCCUCACUCCUGGUGGCAAUUCCGUGAUCGUGGGGAACACUCAUGGGAAGCUGGCAGAAAUUGACCUUCGGCAAGGGCGCCUCCUGGGCUGUCUAAAUGGGCUGGCAGGCAGUGUCCGAGGAUUGCAGUGCCAUCCGUCAAAGCCCCUACUAGCCUCCUGUGGCUUGGACAGAGUCUUGAGAGUACACAGGAUCCGGAAUCCGCGGGGCCUGGAGCAUAAAGUUUAUCUCAAGUCUCAACUGAAUUGCCUCCUCCUGUCAGGCAGGGAUAACUGGGAGGAUGAGCCCCAGGAGCCUCAAGAGCCCAACAAGGUGUCCUUAGAAGACACGGAGACAGAUGAACUUUGGGCCUCCUUGGAGGCAGCUGCCAAGCGGAAGUUCCCAGAUUUGGAGCAUAUACAAGGGGCCCUCCGGACCAGACGGAGAAAGAAGCAGCGGCCUGGGUCCACCAGCUCCUGAAACGCCAGUGCUCACUUUGCACUGACGGGGUCGGGAGCCAUGUGGACUCGCCGAGCAACCGGAAUCACAAGUCUAAAGAAGCCUUCGGAUCACCGUCCUGUGGCGGCAGCUCUCUAUGUUCAGCCAUCGGAGCUCCUCGCGGUCAAACGAGAGGCAAUCAGCCCCACAUCGAAAGCAAGUGUGUGCGUUCCAGGAGAGAACCGGGAGGGGAUCCUGGAGGAGCCGGAGAAGGAGUGACUCCAGCCCUGCUCUCAGU